CUCACAGAUGCAAGGCCUGAAAUUAACUUAAUUAAUAGUUGGCUGACUUUUCCACGUUUCAGGUUUUCCUCUGUGAUCUCCUCUCAGGUGUGACUCACAUUCAGCAGCAGAGGAGGAAGACAUUUCAGUAUGUCCAUAGGGCUGGAGUUGUUAGGCAUCUCUCUGUGCAUUUUGGGAUGGAUUAUUGCCAUUGUGGCAUGUGCCGUCCCCAUGUGGAGGGUGACAGCCUUCAUUGGCAGCAACAUUGUGACAGCUCAGAUCAUCUGGGAGGGUCUGUGGAUGACGUGCGUGGUCCAGAGCACAGGCCAGAUGCAGUGUAAGGUCUAUGAUUCCAUGCUUGCUCUCUCUGAAGACCUCCAAGCUGCUCGCGCCCUCACUGUCAUCUCCAUCUUGCUGGCCAUCCUGGCCAUGCUCAUCGCCAUCGCCGGGGCCAAGUGCACUAAUUGUAUUGAAGAUGAGGUAUCAAAGGCCAAGGUGAUGAUUAUUUCUGGGGUCUUUUUCAUUGUAUCUGGGAUCAUGCAGCUCAUUCCAGUCUCUUGGGCGGCCAACACCAUAAUCAGGAACUUCUACAACCCUUUAACUGUCGAUGCUCAGCGAAGGGAACUGGGGGCUGCACUUUACAUCGGCUGGGCAGCUGCUGCCCUCCUGCUUCUUGGUGGCGGACUCCUCUGCUGUUCCUGUCCACCACGUGAGACUAGAUACAAGCCUUCACGUAUAGCCUACUCUAACCCACGGUCUGCAGGUGGCCCAGGGUUAGAAAAGAAAGACUAUGUAUGAAUGAAGGUCAAAGAGGAAGAGACUACUGAAUUUCAAAGCUGUUCUCCACAAAAGACUGAGGGUGUGCUGAGGAAAAGAGCACAAGGAAACAAUUAGAUGAAUGUGUUUAAAUUUACCUUUAAAGUUAAGAAUCUCUGUAAUAGGCUCUUUAUUUUUCAGAGUAUGCAAAGGACAUUCGACAAUUAUGUACAAUUAUGUAUUUUUUUUUAUAGUCCUGCUUCUUAAUGUUUACACCUGAGUAAUUGUUAACCUGCCAUUAUUGCUCCUUAAUAAGCCACUACUUAUUAUCAACAGGAUUAUAUGCUGUAAAGACAAUAGUAUCAUUAAACACCUGUAACAGUCAUGACAGAAGAAAACUGUAUUCAAUGCAGUGCUUAGUACAGUGUGGUAAAGGUGGG